UACAAAUUUAAUUUUUAUAGUAUAAACCUUAUAUAGUCCCUGUUUUGUUAGUAUUAUUAGUUUGAUAUGCACCAUACUCUAUAUGUAUUGUAGGGAUGUCCUUUUUUUUUUCUUUUACUUUUACUUUUCUGUCCUAGAGAUUGUUGUGCAGGUGCUUUCUUUUGCAAUUCCAAUCUGAUAUGCUUUUUGUAUAUCAGGGAAUUGUGUUGGAUUUGUAAUUUUUGAAGAGCAACAUGUCACUUUGAACAGGCCGUGUGAUGGAAUUUGAUGCAGGAAGCUUCUUUGAUGUGUGCACUGUGCAUAACUGCAAAAAAAGAAGGGCUUUAAAAGGCUUAAUUACUCCACUGAAUGAGAGCAUGAGAGAAACGGAAGCUUCCUUGCCAAUCUUGCACUCCCCUGGAUACUAUACCAAACCAUCUCUGGAGGAGUUAGUGGCCCAGGAACUCCUUGACCCCGGUUAUUGUACCCGAGUUCCUAAUUUCACUGUUGGGAGGCUUGGUUAUGGAUCUGUCAGGUUUCUUGAGAAAACAGAUGUCAGGGGGUUGGAUCUAGAUCAAAUUGUGAAGUUUUAUAAACAUGAGAUAGUUGUAUACAGCGACGAAAAUGAUAAACCUGCAGUUGGUCAAGGCCUUAACAAGGCAGCUGAAGUAGUUUUAGUUCUAGAUACUGAACUACUGAAGUCUAAAGACAGGAAAGAUGAUUUUCUUGUGAAAAAAGUAAAACAAAGUACUGAGAGGCAAGGAGAAAAAUUUAUUUCGUUCGACCUAACAACUGGUGAAUGGAAAUUCUUGGUAGAUCACUUCAGUAGAUUUGGGUUUGGCGAAGAUGACGAGGAAGACAUUGUCAUGGAUGAUGCUGAUGGUGAGAUGUAUGAUGAUGAUAAAGAACCUUCCACAAACAUGAACGGGAUUGAACUUUCUCACUCUCUUCCAGCUCAUCUAAGGCUUGACCCUGUUAAAAUGAGAGAAAUGAGAUUAUUGAUGUCCCCACAUGAAGAAGAGCCUGAGGAAUUGAGUCAUAAAGCAUCCAUCAGUAAGGAAUAUGCAAGGCCUUUGCAAAAUUCUGCUCAGGCAAUGCUCCAUAGAUCCACUCCACCAAUUGCAAGGAAAACUCCAUUUCCUUUACUUGAAUAUAAACAUGGAUGUUUUGAUGCAAAUUCUCCUGGGUCUAUUUUGAUGGUUCAGCAACAUAAGGGAAUGCCUCUGAAGACAAUAAAAGCGGAAGGUUUUAAGUUAGACCUCAAGCAUGAAACUCCAGUGUCAACAAACUAUGCUCGCAAUAUUGUAGAUGCAGGUCUAUUUAUGGGGAAGUCAUUCCGAGUUGGAUGGGGACCUAAUGGCAUUCUUGUACAUUCUGGUGCACCUGUAGGAAGUGGUAGUGAGUACAAGGUAUUAUCAUCUGUUGUCAGUUUGGAGAAAGUUGCUUUUGACAAUUUUGUUAGGGAUGAAAAUAACAAAGUGAGUGAGGAACUUGUUGAAUCUGCCUUGAUGUCUCCAUUAAAUUUUCACAAAGAAAUAAACCAUGUGAAGGAAGAGGUUAGAAUUGGUCCUUGCAAAUUGAAACCUCUAAAGCUUGAAGCGAAUUGUUCAAUGUUGUCAGAUAUUUCACAUGGCUACUGUGAUAUUAUUGAGAGGCAAUUGACUGUACCAGGGUUGUCUUCCACUACACGUUUGGGUUUAACACAUCAAGUAAUGACCUGGGAAUUAAUUAGAGUUCUUUUCUUCGAUAGAAAACAAAAAGGUCAAGUAGAAUCUUUGGGUGCUGACAAUGAGGAAGAUAUGAUGCAGGAUAUGAAGGAAGUUUAUCAAGAUGUUAACCAAGAAGCACUCCCACUUAUGAGGAGGGCAGAGUUCAGUUAUUGGUUGCGAGAGAGUGUUUCCUAUCAGCUGAAUGCAGAUAAACACUUUGACAUUUCAUUCUAUCUUAUGCUUCUUCAUUCUAGUGAAGAGAGAGAAUUUAGCUUUUUGAAGGCUAUGUUUAGUGCAUUCUCUUCAACCCCUGAUCCACUUGAUUAUCACAUGAUAUGGCAUCAACGAGCAGUCUUGGAAGCAGUGGGUGUUAUCAAAUCUAAUGAUCUUCAUGUUCUAGACAUGGGAUUUGUGUCUCAGCUUUUGAGCCUAGGGAAAUGCCAUUGGGCCAUAUAUGUGGUCCUUCAUUUACCCUUUCGAGAAGACUGUCAAUUUCUUCAUGUGAAUUUGAUUCGGGAGAUAUUGUUCCAGUACUGCGAAAUUUGGAGUUCAGAUGAAUCUCAGCAACAGUUCAUUGAGGAUUUAGGCAUUUCUUCAGAAUGGAUUCAUGAGGCUCUGGCAAUUUACUAUAAUUAUAAUGGUGAUUUGCCAAAAGCUCUUGAGCACUUUCUUCAGUGUGCAAAUUGGCAGAAAGCUCAUACCAUUUUCGUAACAUCAGUUGCUCAUAGUUUAUUCUUGCAAGCCAAACACUCAGAGAUAUGGAGGAUUGCAACAUCCAUGGAGGACCAUAAAUCUGAAAUUGAGAAUUGGGAGUUGGGAGGUGGAAUAUAUAUUUCAUAUUAUUUGAUGAGAAACUCACUUCAGGGAGACACCAAUGCGAUGACUCAAUUGGAUUCUCUUCAAAGUAAAAAUGCUGCCUGUCAGGAAUUUGUCAGUCAGCUUAAUGCAUCAUUGGCUGUUCGGGACCGCAAAUUACCUGUUGAUGCAAGAUUGGUGUAUUCGAAAAUGGGGGGUGAGAUAUGUGAUUUGCUGCUAUCUGCUGUGGGCGAGGGUGCUAGCCGAGAUGAACAGUUUAGCUGCUUUGACACUGCUUUCAGUGCACCGGUUCCAGAAGAUGUUCGCUCUGGUCACUUGCAGGACGCAGUGUAUCUGUUUACCAGCUUUCUCUCUGAGAUUGCUACUAAAUUCCAGAAGAUAUGAGAUUGUCUACUAAAUUACAAAAUCAAACACCAGCUUUGAUUACCUCUUUUUUGCAUAUAGCAAAUUUUUGGGACUGUUACCAACUUUGCUCAUAGAUUUCUCCUGAGCUUUUGCUAAUAAGUUUUAUCGAAAUCUUAAAGAUAUAUGCUACAUGGCCCAUAUCCUUGAUUAAUUUUGCAUAAGGUAAUCCAUGUAGGAAUGUUGAAAGGGGAAAAGUUUAUAUUUUGCAGAUAGAUUGAAAUGCUAGCCUUCUUUUGUUC